UGAGUGCCCCUGACGUCAGUGUGAGCGGCUGGUGGAAGGAUCAGUCAGGACUCGGCGCGUGGCGGUGACAUCAUCGGAAGCUGAGCCCUUAAAGAAACCAGGCUCGCUUAGUGUGCACUGGCCGACGGGAGAGGCAGGCGAGGCAGUGUGGCUCUCGCUGGCUACUGGGGAGCGAGUGGUGCAUCCCCAGUCCUCAGUGCCGGCUCUGAGCACCCGAGUUUUGAGUCCCUCUACUGCAUAAGGCGAAGCCGCAGCAUUUCCUCACGGCAUCGCACCUAAUUUCUGAGCACUUCGUGUGUAAGAGACCAAGGUGGUGGCCCUCGUGAGCACCCUGGUCCGGGCGACAGACGAACCGGGCGAUGAGUGAGAAGCUGGACACGGAAGUAAAGCGAAGGGAGAGACGUGCAGCUGAUGUGGAUGGGUUCAAGAGCACAUGGAGGACUGCGGCCCAGAGGCCAGUGCAGAACACAGCCCUGGAGUCCCAGAAAGUAAAGAAGAGAAAGAGGGGCCUGCACCAGCUGCAGAGUCUGGAACUCAACCUGGGCUCUACAGCUACAUAAGGGAUGACCUGUUCACCUCAGAGAUCUUUAAAUUGGAGCUGCAAAAUGUGCCUCGCCAUGCCAGCUUUAGCGACGUCCGGCGCUUUUUGGGCCGUUUUGGCCUACAGUCCCACAAAAUCAAACUCUUCGGACAACCACCAUGUGCCUUUGUAACAUUUCGCAGCGCUGCUGAACGAGACAAGGCCUUACGAGUGCUGCACGGUGCUCUCUGGAAAGGACGCCCACUCAGCGUGCGCCUGGCUCGACCCAAGGCUGACCCUAUGGCUAGGAAGAGGCGGCAGGAAGGUGAUAGUGAGCCUUCAGCAACGCAGAUUGCCGAUGUGGUGACCCCUCUUUGGAGAGUGCCCUACUCUGAGCAGUUGGAGCAGAAGCGGCUGGAAUGUGAACGGGUGCUACAGAAACUGGCCAAGGAAAUUGGGAAUACUAACCGCGCCCUGCUACCCUGGCUGCUCACACAGAGACAACAGCACAAUAAGGCUUGUUGCCCAUUGGAGGGAGUCAAGCCAUCACCCCAGCAGGUGUCUUGUUCACUGUGGUGUUUCUUCCGGUGCUGGGCAAGCAAGGUUGAGAUAUGGCUGCCUUUGCCACCUUCUCUCCUGCAGACUGAAUAUCGUAAUAAGUGUGAGUUUCUGGUCGGAGUUGGGGUAGAUGGCGAAGACAACACGGUUGGCUGCCGGCUUAGCAAGUACAAGGGCGGAACAUGUGCUGUGGCAGCCCCCUUUGACACCUUGCACAUUCCAGAGGCCACUAAGCAGGUGGUGAAGGCCUUCCAGGAAUUCAUUCGGUCCACCCCAUACUCGGCAUACGACCCUGAGACAUAUGCGGGCCACUGGAAGCAGCUGACUGUUCGUACCAGCCGCAGAGGCCAGGCCAUGGCCAUUGCCUACUUCCACCCCCAGAAACUGAGCUCGGAGGAAAUGGCAGGGCUGAAGGCCUCACUUGUGUACUACUUCAUGGAAGGGCCAGGCAAGGCCAGUGGGGUGACCUGCCUCUACUUUGUGGAGGAAGGACAGAGGAAGACUCCCAGCCAGGAAGGCCUGCCCCUGGAGCAUAUGGCUGGUGACCAGUGCAUCCAGGAAGACCUGCUGGGGCUGACCUUCCGCAUUUCCCCUCAAGCAUUCUUCCAGGUAAACACACCUGCAGCUGAAGUGCUCUACACAGUCAUCCAGGAAUGGGCUCAGCUGGAUGGGGGCAGUACCGUGCUGGAUGUGUGCUGUGGCACUGGCACCAUAGGCCUGGCUCUGGCCCCGAAGGUAAAGAGAGUCAUCGGGAUUGAGCUGUGCCAGGAGGCUGUGGAGGAUGCCCGUGUGAACGCUCUCACCAAUGAGUUGAGCAACGUUGAGUUCCACUGCGGCAGGGCUGAAGAUCUUGUGCCAGGCUUGGUGAGCAGAUUGUCUUCCCAGCGACUUGUAGCUGUCCUAGACCCACCACGGGCUGGACUACAUUCCAAGGUGAUUCUGGCCAUUCGUAGAGCUGAGAAUAUCAAGCGACUCCUGUAUGUUUCCUGCAAUCCCCGGGCAGCCAUGGGCAACUUUGUGGACCUCUGCAGGGCCCCAUCUAACAGAGUAAAAGGCAUUCCAUUCCACCCAGUCAAGGCUGUGGCCGUGGACCUGUUCCCACAAACUCCACACUGUGAGAUGCUUAUACUGUUUGAGAGGAUGGACCAAUACCCUAAAAGCACAGGAGCCUUGGGGCAUCAAGACUCUGAAACCCCAAGAAAUACUACUGAUACCACCUCACAGGAAACGGAGACUUCCCUCUCAUCCUAGGUUCUGGGAACUGCAGAAGUAGACAAAAGCUGGGAACUCGGCAUGAGGCCUACCUAGCUGUUAUUAUGAACACUGUAUCCUGUAGUGGGGCAGCCAGAAUCUAGAAUAAAUACUGCUGAUUUACUGAUGGUUUUGUGAAAGACA